UCCAUGGAGGAGGAGUUGAGCAACGGAAUUCCACGCUCCACCGCUGGACAGCGGAGAAAGUUUUCUUCAAUUUUAGAGUAUCAUAUAUUAUUAUACAGAGUCAAAGGAAGAAAAAGCACAAGAUAAACCCAUAUCAUAUAGACAUUUGCGUUGCUUGAUCUACAAACCAACCUCUUCUUUUCCUCGAAUUUGAUACAGAGAAAACGAUAUCAAGCAAAAAUGCACGAUUUCUGCUUAACGAUCCCAUACGGGUUAAUUCUUAUAGUGGGAGGAGUUAUUGGGUAUCUAAAGAGAGGGAGCAUGGCUUCUUUGGGUGGAGGAGUGGGUACUGGAUUGCUUCUUCUUUUAGCUGGGUAUUUGAGUCUCAAAGCUUUUGGAAAAAGAAAAAAUUCUUAUCUUGCUUUAGCCAUUGAAACCGUUUGUGCAGCAGUGCUGACAUUUGUGAUGGGACAGCGUUAUAUGCAAACCUCUAAGAUUAUGCCUGCUGGUAUUGUUGGAGGGAUAAGUGCUCUCAUGACUGGGUUUUAUCUGUUCAAAAUUGCAACCAGUGGCAACCACAUUCCUGCCAAGGCUGAGUGACGGCAUUGAGGUUUGUAUGCCACUAAUGUGAUCAGAUGAAUUGAGAAAUGAAACUCAGAUGUUUGUUUUAGAAGUUGUUAAUUAAUUUGACAAAUCUGUACUAGCAUGUUGUGUUCUUACAUGUUCUUUGUAUGAAAUCAAUACGUUGCUCGUUAUUGAAAGUUAAAUCAAAGUGGAAAACCUGUUUCUCGCCGUA